AUGUGUGUACAGUACGAAUUACAUCUAUCCGCGUCGGACAACUUGAAAGAAAACCACACGAUAGUCGUGAUCCACGUGAAAGACGUUAACGAUAAUCCACCGGUGUUCGAACGGCCCACGUACCGGACACAGAUCACGGAAGAGGACGACCGGAACUUGCCCAAACGCGUCUUACAGUACGAAUUGAUAUUGGCCGCUUCCGACAACUUCCAAGACAGCAAAACGACGGUGGUGAUUAACGUAAAAGACAAAAACGACAUGCCGCCCGUAUUCAACUCGCCGCUGUACGCCACCGAAAUGGAAGAAGAACUUAGCGGAGCGUAUCCACACCAUUUGUUACAAGUAACAGCCACCGACGGCGACAAGGAUCGUCCGCAGAACAUCGUAUAUUUCCUCACGGGACAAGGAAUCGACCCUGACAACCCGGCCAACAGCAAAUUUGACAUCAAUCGUACGUCUGGCGAGAUAUUCGUCCUCAAGCCAUUGGACAGAGAUCAGCCCAACGGCAGGCCGCAGUGGAGAUUUACCGUGUUCGCGCAGGACGAAGGGGGCGAAGGCUUAGUUGGAUACGCUGACGUCCAAGUGAACCUGAAAGACAUCAACGACAACGCGCCGGUAUUCCCGCAAGGAGUAUACUGGGGAAACGUAACCGAAAACGGGACAGCCGGUAUGGUAGUGAUGACAAUGACGGCGGUGGAUUACGACGACCCGGCCGAGGGAACUAACGCUAAGCUGAUAUAUUCGAUCGAGAAGAACGUGAUCGAAGAGGAAACUGGCACUCCGAUAUUCGAAAUCGAAUCCGACACGGGAGUCAUCAAGACGGCUGUGUGCUGUUUGGACCGAGAACGCACUCCGGACUAUUCGAUCCAAGUGGUCGCCAUGGACGGCGGAGGCCUGAAAGGAACGGGCACCGCUUCCAUUCGGGUGAAGGACAUCAACGACAUGCCGCCGCAGUUCACCAAAGAAGAGUGGCUCACCGAAGUCGACGAGACCGACGGAUUUAAUUUCCCGGAAACUCCCAUAUUGACCGUGACGGUGCACGACGAAGACGAGACCAACAAGUUCCAGUACAAA